UAAGCGAAGUACUUAGGUUGUUUUUAAGUGUUUAAGUGUAACUUAAGGGAAAAUGCAGAUUCUUAAGGCGAGAUUUGCUGUGCGGGCGAGUGCUUCACAGUUUCAGGCAUGGAGUUCUGCAAAACAUCGAAGUGCUGCUACUGACACGAAAGCCGUCGAAUAUAAACCAAUAAGGAGUGUUCUAGUCGCGAAUCGAGGCGAGAUUGCUAUCAGAGUAUUCCGAGCAUGUACGGAGUUGGGUAUCCGAUCUGUUGCUAUCUACAGCGAGCAGGACCGAUUGCAAAUGCACAGACAAAAAGCCGACGAAUCCUAUUUAGUCGGCAAGGGCUUAGCGCCAGUUGAGGCGUACCUUAGCGUUCCAGAAAUCAUCAGAGUGGCUAAAGAAAAUGAUGUUGACGCUAUUCACCCCGGAUACGGAUUGCUUUCUGAGAGGUCGGACUUCGCCCAAGCAGUGAUCAAUGCAGGGCUAAGAUUCAUCGGUCCAUCUCCAGCCGUCGUGCAGCAAAUGGGAGACAAAGUCGCUGCCAGAAAAGCUGCCAUUGAAGCGAAAGUCCCCAUCGUUCCCGGUACCGAUGGUCCAAUAACAACAAAACAAGAAGCUCUCGAAUUCUGCAAGAAACACGGUCUGCCGGUUAUUUUUAAGGCAGCGUACGGUGGCGGUGGUCGCGGUAUGCGGGUAGUACGCGAGAUGAGCGAAGUGGAAUCCUCAUUUGAACGUGCGUCUUCAGAGGCGCUUGGCGCGUUUGGAAACGGGUCCAUGUUCAUCGAGAGGUUCAUUGAACGACCGAGGCAUAUUGAGGUUCAACUUCUAGGUGAUAAAGCUGGAAACGUGGUGCAUCUCUACGAGCGCGACUGUUCUGUGCAACGUCGCCAUCAGAAGGUUGUAGAAAUUGCACCUGCACCUAGGCUAGACCCUGAGGUGCGUAAACAAAUGGUGGACUGCGCAGUACACUUAGCGCGACACGUUGGUUACGAAAAUGCGGGUACAGUGGAAUUCCUCCUCGACGACAAAGGCAAUUUCUACUUCAUCGAAGUUAAUGCCAGGUUACAAGUAGAGCAUACAAUUACUGAAGAAGUGACAGGUGUGGAUCUAGUUCAAUCCCAAAUCAGAGUAGCUGAGGGUAUGACCUUACCCGAAUUGGGACUAACACAGGACAACAUCAAGGCACAAGGGUAUGCCAUUCAGUGCAGAGUCACUACUGAAGACCCGGCAAAUAACUUCCAGCCUAGCACGGGAAGAAUUGAGGUGUUUAGAUCAGGUGAGGGUAUGGGCAUCCGCCUGGACUCUGCUUCUACAUAUGCUGGAGCCGUUAUUUCCCCGUACUACGACUCAUUGCUUGUCAAAGUAAUCUCACACGCUCAAGACCUCUCCGCGUCAGCGGCAAAAAUGAAUCGCGCCUUACGUGAGUUCCGUAUUCGCGGUGUCAAGACCAACAUUCCCUUCUUAUUAAACGUACUUGAGAACCAGAAGUUCCUUAAUGGCGUCCUAGAUACUUACUUCAUCGACGAGCAUCCCCAACUCUUCAUGUUCAAGCAAUCUCAAAACCGAGCGCAAAAGAUCCUCAACUAUCUCGGUUUUGUGCUGGUGAAUGGACCGGCAACUCCUCUGGCCACCAACAUUCCUCCUUCUGAUGUCCAACCGUAUAUACCUCCAGUGCCAUUGGCCCCCUCUGGGUAUGACCUUUCUCCAGAGGCCAUCAGACGUCAAGAAUUAACUGGUGAAAAUACAGCGGUCCAACCACCGAAAGGAUAUAAGCAGAUCCUCAACGAAGGUGGCCCUGAAGCAUUCGCCAAAGCUGUUAGACGGAACAAGGGUCUACUUCUUAUGGACACCACAUACAGAGACGCCCAUCAGUCCUUGCUGGCGACCAGAGUGAGGACACAUGACCUGUUGGCCGUAUCACCUUAUGUCGCUCAUAACUUCAGCAACUUGUAUUCGCUUGAAAAUUGGGGAGGAGCAACCUUCGACGUUGCUCUUAGAUUCCUGCACGAAUGCCCGUGGGAACGAUUGGAAGACAUGCGUCGGAUGAUCCCCAACAUCCCGUUCCAGAUGUUGCUGCGAGGUGCUAACGCCGUCGGCUACACCAACUACCCUGACAAUGCUGUCUACAAGUUCUGUGAUAUGGCCGUAAAAGCGGGCAUGGACGUAUUCCGCGUGUUCGACUCUCUCAACUACCUUCCAAACCUUAUCAUCGGCAUGGACGCUGCAGGCAAAGCGGGGGGUGUAGUCGAAGCAGCUAUUUCUUAUACCGGCGACGUGUCAGACCCUAACAAGAAGAAAUACGACCUCAAGUACUACUUAAACCUCGCUGAUGAGCUUGUGAAAGCUGGAACUCACGUGUUAGCUAUUAAGGAUAUGGCUGGAUUGCUAAGGCCGCAAGCUGCCAAGUUGCUUAUCACUGCAAUCCGCGAUAAGCACCCCGACGUGCCGAUCCACGUGCACACGCACGAUACAUCGGGCGCGGGCGUGGCGUCCAUGCUGGCCUGCGCCGAGGCGGGCGCCGACGUGGUUGACGUCGCCGUCGACUCCAUGUCAGGCCUCACCAGUCAGCCUAGUAUGGGAGCCCUCGUUGCUUCGUUGCAGGGAACGCCACUCGAUACCAAGAUCCCGUUAACAACUGUAUCAGAGUACUCUGCGUACUGGGAACAAGCGCGCACAUUGUACGGUCCCUUCGAAUGCACGGCUACGAUGAAAUCUGGCAAUGCCGACGUGUACCUAAACGAAAUACCCGGAGGACAGUAUACUAACCUGCAGUUCCAGGCCUUCUCUCUUGGACUUGGAAGCCAAUUCGAAGAAGUGAAGAAGGCAUACAGAGAAGCAAAUCUUCUACUCGGAGACAUAAUCAAGGUGACGCCCUCUUCGAAAGUAGUGGGCGAUCUAGCUCAAUUCAUGGUGCAGAACAAACUGACAGCUAAGGAUAUCGAAGCCAAGGCCGAGGAGCUCUCGUUUCCGAAAUCUGUCGUGGAAUACCUGCAGGGUGCUAUUGGCAUUCCUCAUGGUGGUUUCCCCGAACCUUUGAGAUCUAAAGUGCUGAAGGAUAUGAAGAGAAUAGAAGGACGCCCAGGCCAGGAAUUGCCACCUUUGGACUUUGAGAAAUUGAAGAAAGACCUUUCAGAAACCUAUCCAAGUGUCACCGACCAAGACGUGAUGUCGGCUGCGAUGUACCCACAAGUCGCAAACGACUUCUUCAGGAUCCGCGACAAAUACGGACCUGUCAAGCAUUUGGAUACAAAGACCUUCCUCGUUGGACCCACGGUGGGAGAAACGAUCGAAGUGCAUCUCGAGAGAGGCAAGACUCUCGACAUCAAGACGUUGGCUGUGUCCGACGAGAUGACAGCGGCGGGCGAGCGCGAGGUCUUCUUCGAACUCAAUGGACAGCUCAGAUCCGUGUUCAUUAGGGAUGAGAAUGCUAGCAAGGAAAUGAAGAUACACCCUAAAGCCGUGAAGGGAGAUAAAAAUCAAGUUGGAGCACCGAUGCCAGGAACAGUGCUUACAAUCAAAGUGAAAGAAGGCGAUAAAGUGGAGAAGGGUCACCCAAUAGCAGUGCUGUCAGCCAUGAAGAUGGAAAUGAUCGUGCAAGCUCCGAAAGCGGGCGUCAUCCAAAGCGUCGUCAUCACCAAUGGACAGAAACUCGAGGGCGAUGACCUUAUUUGCACUAUUGAGUAAAGACUUUAGUUAGUACCAAGGACAACACUGAUAGUUUUUCAAAUUGCCGCAAUAUAGAAAAGUUCAUUAAGAUAAUUUUCGUACUUUAGUGUAUAACCGUGCAAUAGUAUUUUCUUUCGUUGUUUGAAAUGUUUUACACAGACGUUUUAUUUAUUCGUUGUAAUUAUGUCUUUAUAUUUUAGGCAAAUUACUAUGGGGAAAAAUGAUUAACUGCAGCCGUGGAAUCACAAAUAAAUUAUUAGAGUGAGGGAUGUCAAUCGUUAUAAUGAGGUGAUUUUAUUAUUGUAGUUAAGAUUGUCGUUGAACACGAGCGCGUAAAUGUUAUAAAAUAAUUUAUAUAACAUGAUCUAGGCAAUUAGUGUUGUGAUAAAAAAUGUGUACUUAUGAAAUGUUUCUUCAAUGUGUUCAAUUUAAAAGUCUAUACUUUUUUUUCAUUUGGACGAUAUUUUUUAUCGUGUACCUUUAAUCAACAUGAGAAAAAUAAUGUUACCGUAUUUAGCCUUGAAAUAAUAACAUAACAUGCCUGCCCCAAAACAUGAAAAUAAAAAAUGUAUAUCACACUGAGAUCGUGUAACGUGUAUCUUAGAUGGAGGUAAGCAACGUUGAAAUUAUAUAGGUUGAAUUCAAAUCGUAACACUUUUAAAAUGUUUUCAUUGUUAUAUAAAUUAGAAUUGUAAAUAUCUUUAUAAAAUUCGUCCAAUUACGAAUUUAAAGAAAUUUAAAAGUCAUCACAUUUAAAAAAUAUAUGCAGGAUAACUUUAAUCACCAUCCAAAUUUUAAUAAUAUUAAGACUCCAAAGUCAUAAUAUUAAAAUAAAAUAAUUUUUUUUGGGGAAAAGUAAAAUACGUUGUUUAUUUUUCUUUUAGAAUCACUCAGUACUCAAUAUAUUUUAGAUAUGGCAUCACAAAGUUGGAUAACCAAAAAGACGACUUACCCCUAAAAAGACGACUGACCCCUAAAAAGACGACUUACCCCUAAAAAAACCACUCAGUGUCGUUAUGUAUCUUUAGGGUUCACAAACACUUAAGAAUUCUUCAUCGAUCUCCGCUGGUAGUCUUGGCCUAUCACGUCCUUGAGCGUAUGAAGGCGUCAUAAAUUGGCCGUAGUCUUUGAUUGGUAACUCUCUGGGCUCCGUUUCGAUCCACCACUUAAAAUGUAAGUCGUAUUACCAUCUCACACUUACCAUCAAUAGUACUCGCAUUUUUAUUGCACCCUCGGCUCGUGAUAUCCCUGCACCUCACCUUCGCCCCGUUUUUUCAAAUGAACUCACGAAUGUCAAGCGUAGAGCCAUUGUCUGGUAGAGUAGGUUGCCCAAGCAUUGUUAAAAACUAUUUUGGAAUAAUUUCAGUACAGUACUCAAAAAAUCGCGGAAAGUACGCGAAACCAGAUUCAUCCCCUAGUUAGCCACCCUUAGAAGUGGAAUAUUUUCUUCAAAUUGAAAUAGGACCACUACUGAGGUACCC